GCGGCCCGGCACCCCCUUUGGUCUUUGCCCUCUGCGCGGGGCGGCUAGCCUUACGAAUGUGCCUAUUUUGCCCUUAACGGCAAUGACCACAGCGGUGUACGGCUUUCGCCGUCUGAAGCCCAAGCACCUGCGGAAUUUUGGUCGAGUCCAAUUUCGAGCCGCUCGCCUCAUGGAUUCCUGCAGACUACUUCUUGCACCACUUUCCUCGAUCUAUUUCUCACGCUCGUCCGUUUCAGCCAACCCGGCUUGUCAUCAUCCCUACUUAGUCUCUAUACUUUAGUCCUUAAUUGUCGUCACUGGAACCACCUAUCGAACCACCUUCAACUUUAACCGCUUACAAUGGGUGUUGUUGCCGAUUUGCUGCAGAAGGCAGCAUGCUUUGCUAUCACUACCGGCGCUCUCCUCAAGGGAGAUGCCGGCGCCUCCUGUAACGGUGUUCCCUCAGCCCUGACAAGCCAAGGCGUGGUUCAGGGCUAUCUGGAGGACGGCACUGGCAACCACGUCUUCCUCGGCGUUCCCUUCGCCGCUUCCACUGCGGGGCAGAACCGGUGGAGGGCGCCCCAGAGCCCCAAGAAGUCUCUGGACUUUUACAACGCCACCAGCUAUGGCCAGACUUGCGCCCAGGCUGGCAUCAGCAGCUCCCUCGCGGCCCAAGGUGAGGACUGUCUGAAUCUCAACAUCUGGGCACCUGCCAGCGGCAACAAGCUUCCCGUCUUUGUCUACAUCUACGGUGGUGCUAUGGUUACUGGAGGUAGCAGCAACCCUCAAUGGCAGGGCAGCAACUUUGCGCAGAAGGAUGUCAUCUAUGUCAACUUCAACUACCGCGAGUCCAUCUUCGGUGCUCCCCAUGCUACCGAGUUGGCCAAUGGCAAAGUCUCUCAGAACUUCAACAUCCUUGAUGUUGAGGCUGCCAUCCAAUGGGUCCAUGAUAACAUUCAGGCUUUUGGUGGUGACAACACCAAGAUCGUCAUUGGUGGCCACUCUUCUGGCGGUGUGAUGGUUGACCACUAUCUGUGGAACAACCCCAAUACCUUUGUCGCUGGUGCUAUCGAGAUGUCCGCCAACGCGCAGUCUGGCCCCAACUACGCACCGGAGAAUGUCGGCAUCGAGACUAUUAUGGCCGAUGUCUCCGCGGCCACCGGCCAGACCAUUACCACCCUGGACCAGCUCCGCAAUGUGUCUAUCUACGACAUUGAAAGUUCCACCUUCAACAGCACCCAGAACGUUUGGUUUGCCCCUAUCGUCGACAACAUCACGCGUUGGGCCGACCUUCCUGCACGUUACAAGGCGGGCAACUUCCCCAAGAGCCUGCCUAUGAUCGUCGGCAAUAGCGACCAGGAGGGUGCCAUCUUCCAGUACGCAUACGCUGCCGAAGUCGGCGACUUCGACACGUGGAUUAACACGUACGACGCUGACCUUGCCUUCAUCCCGGACGAGGAGCUGCUUGCCGCGUACAACUCUUCCGAAUUCAGCAGCGAGAAGCUCAUGAGCGCCGACAGCUACGCGGACGCGCGCUUCUGGUGCGCGACCGACUACCUGCUGGACCUGCGCGCUAGCACAAACCCGACGUGGGCGUACCGUUGGUUCGGCAACUACGACAAUGUGCUCCCUGUUCCCGGUCUUGGUCCCAGCCACGGCUCUGAGGUUCCCUUCUUCCAUGGCGGCAACCAGUGCUUCGAGGCUGUCAGCGACGUCACCGACGCUGAGCAGAAGCUCGCCGACUACAUGAACGACAUGCUUGUUGCAUGGAUUAAAAACCCCUCUGCCGGCCCCGGUUGGGACAAGGCCACACCUGUAUCGGGCCCGUUGGCCAAGUUUGGUGUUGAGGAUUCUGAGCUGGAGACCCUCAUUGGCGAUACCGCCGACUACAACGCCCGCUGCCAGAACCUUUACAAGAAGCACUACCCCUCCUACCCCGUCGUCAUCGACCCCACUGCUUAAACAGUCUCUACCUCCAUUCCUCUGGACUCGCUUGCUCCGCAGACGUCUCUCUCCAUUAGAGCUUUUUCCUAUUUCUCUUCUUCCGAACCGCUGCAUGUCGGCUCGGUUCUGCUCUGGUCCGCCAGUACUUUCCUUCUUGUAUGUAUUUUUUUUAUGUUUCCCUGGCCUCAGCCAUCACCGUCGCAAAAGCAACGGAUGAAUGGACCAGCGCCAUCUCUUAUCUUUUUUGUAAUGCUCCUAUGAGCGACUGCAUUGCUGGCAUGGGCAUGGGAAUUUGGCUGGCAUUUGGCAGGCGCGGGUGUCGGUUGGUUGGAUUGGCGCGCGGAUAGAUAAAUCAGUUAGCUAGAUAGCUGCGGGUAAAUUCGAG